AUGCUUAGCAGGUGGCGUGCCCCAUCCCCAUCCCCGUCCCCGUCCCCUUCCUUCCCCUGCCGCCUCCCCCUCCUCCUCCUCCUCCUCCCGGCGUUCUUCCUCCUCCCGGCGUCGGUGCGCGGCGACUGCUGGCUCAUCGAGGGCGAGAAGGGCUACGUGUGGCUGGCCAUCUGCAGCCAGAACCAGCCUCCGUACGAGACCAUCCCGCAGCACAUCAACAACACGGUGCACGACCUGCGCCUCAACGAGAACAAGCUCAAGGCCGUCUUCUUCAUCUCGCUCAGCCGCUUCGCCAACCUCACCGACCUCAACCUCACCAAGAACGAGAUCUCGUACGUGGAGGACGGCGCCUUCGCCGCCCAGGCCAACCUGCAGGUGCUCCAGCUGGGCUACAACAAGCUGACCAACGUGACGGAGGGGAUGAUGCGCGGGCUCGGCCGCAUGCAGUGCCUCUUCCUGCAGCACAACCUCAUCGAGGUGGUGGCCACCAACGCCUUCUGGGAGUGCCCGAGCCUCAGCAGCAUCGACCUGUCGUCCAACAAGCUGGCGCGCCUGGACCCGUCCUCCUUCACCGUGCUCAACCGGCUGAUGGUGUGCGAGCUGGCGGGCAACCCCUUCCACUGCGGCUGCGAGCUCUACGGCUUCCUCACCUGGCUGGAGGCCUUCAACAACGUCACGCACACCUACGACCGGCUGCAGUGCGAGUCGCCGCGCGAGCUCUACAACUACCCGCUGCUCAGCCCGGUCCCGGGCCACGGGCGCAACGCCCGCAACAUCCUGUCGUCCAUCUGCCGCGACGGCGUCUUCAUCCCCGGCAUGACGUCGCUGCCGCCCGACCCGGACUCGUCCGGCAUGGGGCCGGACUUCAUGGACCGCGUGGGCCUCUACCCGCAGCCCACCACGUCGUCCUCGUCCACCGACGCGCUCAGCCCGAGCCUGAAGCUCCGCCACGUGUCCUUCUCGACCGCCUCGCUCCUCGUCCAGAUCCCCAAGCCGUACAGCAAGAUGUACAUCCUGGUCCAGUACAACCACACGUACGUGUCCGACGUCAUGAACCUCAACAAGAAGAAGGAGAUCAUCACGCUCAACAAGCUCAAGUCGCACACCAACUACACCUUCUGCGUGGCCUCCAUCCGCAACUCGCAGCGCUACAACCACACCUGCCUGAACUUCGGCACGCCCGUGCCCGAGGAGAUCCACCCGACGCCGUCCACCACCACCCACUACAUCGUCACCAUCGUGGGCUGCCUCUUCGGCAUGGUCAUCAUCCUCGGCGUGGUCUACUACUGCCUGCGCAAGCGCCGCAUGGAGGAGGAGAAGGAGAAGUCCGUCUGCGUCAAGAAGACCAUCCUGGAGAUGCGCUACGGGCCCGAGGCGGCGGCGACCCUCGGCAACGAGCCGUCGGCCGUCCAGAAGCUCCACGAGCAGGCCCACCACCAGCACCACCACGGCAAGAUGCCCAUGUCGUCGUCGUCCAGCUCGGGCAUGCUGCACGGCGGCUCGGCCAACACCAGCUCCUCGCGGCUCUCCACCAUCCCGCAGGUGGAGAAGAUGGCCACGGCCUUCUCGGAGGCCAUGGGCGGCAAGGGCAACUACAUGGACGUGAGGGACGACCGGGGCCGGGACGGCGGGAAGGGCCAGGGCGGGAUGAUGAGGGAGCAGGACCUGCGGCGGGGCGAGCCGGACGACGGGAGCGACCUGGGCGACGACUCGGACGACGACGGCCGGGGCUCCACCUCGGAGAUCUCCACCAUCGCCAUGGAGGUGGACAAGGUCAACCAGAUCAUCAACAACUGCAUCGACGCGCUCAAGCUGGACUCGGCGGCGGUGGCGGCCGCCUCGUGCGCCAACACCAUGGCUCCGGUCAACCCCACCUCCCCUCCGCCCACCUGCACCUCCGCCCUGACCAAAGGGCUCAUCCCGCUCUCCCCGGGCAUGAGCGACAACUGCCAGAUGAUGCCCUCGCCCAAGAUCCCGCCGCCUCCGCCGCUGCCCUACCCGGGCUCCAUGGCGGCCGAGCGGCCCGGCAUCACCGGCGGAGGCUUCAUGUCGCCCCCGUAUCGCCCGCCCCCCCCGGCCAGCGCCGUGCGGCCCAUCCAGAGGCAGAUGAGCGCCGACGCCGCCAUGAUCGUGGGCCCCGGCAAGAAGUACGCCGGCUCGUCCUGCGGCCUCCCCGGCAAGGGCGGCCGCGUCUACAGCCUGGACGUCCCCGAGCCCCGCAGCCCCGACCCCUGCCAGUACGUCGACAAGGGCAGCCCCCUCGGCUGCGGGGAGCCCAUGGAGAGGCUGCCCCUGGUCAGCCCCGGGGGUGGCGGUGGCGGCGGCGGCGGGUACAGCCUGGACGGAGGCGGCGGGUACAACAUGGACGGCGGCGCCAUGGACGGGAUGGGCAUGCAGCAGCACCUGGAGGUGCACCCGGACUACCACUGCGCGGAGCACCGCCACUCGGUGCCGGCGCUCUACUACGAGGGCUCGCACCACGGCUCGCCCGCCCAGCGCGCCUCCUUCCUCAAGCCGCUGACGCGCGCCAAGCGCGACGCCGCCUCCUACUCGCAGCUGUCGCCGCGCCACCAGAACUACUCGGGCUACUCGUCCAGCCCCGAGUACAACACGGAGAACACGCUGCGGAUAUGGGAGCGCUUCCGCCCCUACCGCAAGGGCCCGCGCGACGAGUCCUGCUACGUCACCGCCGGCAACGCCCUCCGCAAGAAGGUCCAGUUCGCCAAGGGCGAAGACCUCCACGACAUCCUCGACUACUGGAAGGGCGUCUCGGCGCAGCAGAAGCUGUGA